AUGCGAAGGGCUUCUCGUUUUGGACAUGAACCUCGUUUUGUGAACAAAAACCUUAUAGAGGCUCUUGUAGAUGCUCCUGAUAUGGUUCGAACCCAAAUGAAUUUCAAAAGACUUUCAUUAACAGUUCCUCAGAAGAAGACUUUAAUUGCUGCUAUGGAGGCUGCUGAUGUCAAGAACAAAUGGGAGAACAGUUUGUUGGGUAGGAAGUUGACUGUUCAGAAGAGAAGAGUUGUACUAAACGAUUUUGACAGAUUCAAGAUUAUGUUGGCUUUAAUCAAGAGAGCUGGAGUUGUCAGGCAAGAGUUUGCAAAGCUCAAGAAGAGUUCAGUUACGGCUAAACAAGAUAUUUCUAUAGUUUUCAAGAUGACAAAGAAUUAA